UUGACAAGAAGGUGGGUUCGGUGUUUUGGUGCCACUCUCCAACAACUCUCUCGUGCAUUUGUCUUUGAAUGCAUGCGACGUGGCUUCGGGGGAACGUGAAGCGGCUGGACAGAAUGCUCCAGUUGGAGUUGGAAUCUCGAUCGCUGUUUGUUUAAUGGUUUGCUUAGUUGGGGUGCUCUAUUCGAGGUUAAACCAUCUCGUUCUGCGUUGCAGGACAGUCAUCGCAACGGAAUUGCCAUUAAUUUGUCAAUUAGGGUUUCGGUGAUGCUGGGGGAGUUGGAGUCUGGCUGUAGGAUAUCACAUGGUGGGGAGUCUCUUUCUGUCGAUUAGUUCGAGGUUUGUAGUUUUGUGACCUUGGGGUUUACAAAGUGGGGCUGGAUACUUGGCACUCGGUUUAGGGUUAACCAGUGUACUAGUUAUCUUUGAGCCAUGCCAUCCCGUCAGCGAUUCUUCGUGGAGCUCAAGGAUGAGGAAACUACAGUUGUUUCAUGGAAGAAGUUGGUAUCCGAUGCGGAAGGUAAGUUGGGGUCUGCAAAGUUACCUGACGCUCCCGCAGGUGCUAAUCCUGCAUUAGAAGCUCGAAUCGCACCGGAGAUAGGUGCUGGCUCGGUGGCUGGAAACGAGGAUCCUCUGCCUCAAGUUCCCAACCGAUUCAGCUCUGUCAUUGAGAGGAUCGAGCGUCUGUAUAAGGGAGGAGAUAGUGAUGAUGACGGCGCUGAGGAUAGUCCUGAUGAGGAUCAAUACGAUACUGAUGAUCCUUUUAUUGAUGAUGAGGAACUGAAUGAGUAUUUCAUGGUGGAGGAAGCGAAGACUAAACACACAGGGUUCUUCAUUAACAGAGGAGCACUUGAGAAGAUAAACGUACCAACUCCAAGUCCAGCUGUGCUACCCAAGAAGAGACGACGUAGAGAACCGAAGAAAGAUAAGAAAGAUGAGAAAGAGGUAAAAAGACGUAUGAAAGGGCGGAUCAAGGUCGCUGCUAGACAAUAUCCUUUGCAUUCAGAGAACUUUGCUGUAGGUGAUCCGCAGAUAUCUAGAGAGCACAAUUUGAGCAGGAUCCAGUCAAGUGAUCCAGAGGAGAUUUCCAGUGACAGUGAUGCUUUCCUCCGAGGUCCCUCAAGGGUGUCCUACAAGCAAGAAAAACAAGAUUUUGCAGAAGUUGAUAACAAUGGAGGAACCGUUGAGAGGCCUUUAGAAGCAACUGUGACGCUCAAUACAGAAACCGUAUUUGGUGGAGGUAGAAAUGCUCAAAGUAAAGUAGAGUACAAGUAUGAUGAAAAGAAGUGGAAAGAAGCAGCUAGAGAACCGAAAGGAGUGAUGAAGGUGUCUGAAAGUUUGAAAAUGAAGAUGAUGCAACAGUCAGUGAAGGAGGAUGGACCACGAGAUUCUGAUGGUGGUGGAGGACAAGCAGUUGCUGGUUUUACCAAGUCAUUAUCACCAGGGCCAAUAGAGCCCAGCCCAGGAAGGCGUGGGUGGCCCAAGGGUACAGUUAUGGAGAGAGCUAUCCAAGAUCUAAUUAAGAUGGUAGCAUUACUUUGUCCUCAGUCGGCUGAGGGAGAAGUUCAAGAGGCACCAUCGCAACCUGGAGCAAAGGCGAAGAGACUACCAAGGGAAGUGAAAACAAGACUGGCUAAGGUCGCAAGACUAGCGCAGGCAAAGCAAGGAAAGGUACCUGACGAACUUGUUGUGCGUCUCCAUGGCAUCUUAGGCCACAUCAUGCGCCCAAAUACCUUGAAGAGGAACUUGAAGGAGAUGGUGGAGCAUGGAUUAUCAGCUAAGCAAGAAAAAGAAGGUCGGUUAUUAGAUAUCAAACGUGAAGUUACAGAAAUGGUGAGAAACCAAGUGACGAAGUUCAAGGGUGCUGAGGCGCGAGAGGGCUCCUCAGAUGACUUUCAGGCAGGACCUCUAUCAGUGGAGAAAGCAGGCACAUCCACUGAGAAAUACAAGUGGGAUCAUGCUAUGGAAGAUCUUCUUUGUAAUCUUUACGAUCAGUAUCUGGAGGGAAUGGAUGAGCAUAAAGGUCCUCAAAUUCGGAAGCUUUAUUUUGAGUUGGCAGAGCUGUGGCCAGAGGGGUGGAUGGACAACAAUGGCAUCAAGGCUGCGGUUUUGCGUGCGAAGGAACGGCAGAAGCGCCUCAACAAGUUGAACAAAGGACCAAGGAAAAGAAAAACGGGAUCUUCGAGCGAUGUGUUGAGAACCGAGGAUGAUUUCAGAGACGGCUCUGGAGGAAGUUUGAUAAACCACACAAAUCAAAGUUUCGGAGUUCCCUUACCGAAACGUAGUGAUGAUAGUACCCCUGAAGAGGACAGCAUUUACCUCUCAGGUUCACGAGCAUGGCUUUCUGAUGAGAAGAUUGGAAAGUACAAACAACACUUUGAAGGUUCUGUAAGGAGUUCCUUGAAAAUGAGCCAGUUUGAUUACAAAGAGAAAGCACGAGAAGGCUCAAAGUUCAUGGGUCAUGGGAUUGAAAAGAAUAUUUUGAUGAAGAAAAGGCGAAAAAGGAUGAAAGCUGGGACAGAAAUCGACUUAACUGCAUCUCGUAUGGUCUUUCAGAAGAGUCUCAGCAUCAGGGAUUAUGCGGACACUGUUUCUCAUAUUCCAAACAACAAUUCUGGUGUAUACGAUGGGCUAAUAGAUGAAGAACUGUUUCGAUCCAUUAAUCGAUCCACUAAGAGUGCCCCCUUGGAACCCGAGAAACCUUGAGUUCAUCUUAUAGCUGUCUUGCGAUUUCAAGCUGUAAAUCAUUUUUGUAUAUCUCUAGCGUGCAAUUCGGUGCACCCAUCUUUUUGCUCCGUUUAUUCUCAGAGGUAGCUCCAUAGUUUUGGGUGACACCUACUUGCUACUUCAGAUCCAAGCCCUACCUGGGUGUUCCCUUAAGAUCCUUUAACACCCAUAUCUCUGUAGCUGCUCAGUGCUUCCAGGGGGUCGUGCACACUUACUGCCUCGGCGCUGAAAAUCUGCGAUGAUCGGGAAAGGUGUAACCGUGCAGAUGCGAGGUGCUUCUAAGUUAGCCACACCGAUCAUGUUUCAAAGUAGACUACAGUUUAGUGCGAAUGUAGUUGACGGCUGUGAGGGGUAGAUUUAGAACCGUAGCGCUCAAGAGUUGUUGAUUUUUUUAACUGUUUCUCUGUAUGUGUUGUUGCUCUGGGUUUCCAAUGAUGCCAGCCAGGUAUUUUAACGAUUAUUUUUAUUUUACUGCAUGAGGCUCUUGAUCCUGCCACAGGAUCAGGUGUGGCACAGUAAUACAAUUUACGAAUACAUUAUAAAUGGUAUCCUUAA